AUGUCGUACCAACAGUAUAACCAAAAUCCCUACGCCCAGGGCCCCCAGGCCGAGGGCGGAUACGGCUAUGACAACCAACAGCCUCAAUAUGGCCAAGGCCAGUACGAGAUGCAGCCGUACGGAGAGGCGGGCCAGUAUGCCGGGCAAUCCGCGCCUCGUACUCUGAGCCAGCAAGAUUUCCUCGCCCGGGUCCAACAACUGCGCACAGAAAUCAAUGGCCUGACUUCCGAUAUUGAGGGCAUUGCCCAGCUUCACCAGCGCUCUCUCGGUUCCCCCGACGGCAGCACCAGCGCCCAGCUUGAGCAGGCUGUCUCCGCGACGCAAAUCCGCAACACCGGCGUCAAGGAGGGCAUCAAGGCCCUCGAGAGGGAUCUAUCCAAGACACAGGACGGAUCGCGCGCAACCAAGACCGCACAGCUCAACUCUUUGAAGAACACUUUCAAGUCGGAACUCGAAAAAUACCAGCAGAUCGAGCGCGAUUACCAGAAACGGUACCGCGACCAAAUUGCCCGCCAGUACCGCAUCGUCAACCCGGAAGCGACGGAAGAUGAAGUCGAGCAAGCGACACAGAUGGACUGGGGUGACGAAGGUGUUUUCCAAACAGCGCUCAAAUCCAAUCGGACAGGCCACGCCAACACUAUUCUGGGCAACGUCAGAGCCCGCCACAGCGAGUUGCAGCGCAUUGAGCAGACUAUGAUGGAGCUCGGCCAACUCUUCCAGGAAUUGGCCACUUUGGUCGAGCAGCAGGAGCCCGUCGUCCAAGCCGCCGAGCAGAACGCAGAACAGACUGUCGAAAACAUCCAAAAGGGCAACGAAGAAGUCAAGGUUGCGACGGACCACGCGCGCAGACGCAAGAAGCUCAAGUGGUGGUGCCUCCUCGUUGUCGUACUCAUCAUCCUUGCUAUCGCGCUGGGUGUCGGUCUGGGCGUUGCUCUCACCAAGAAGAAUUAA